AUGAGUAACAGGGGACUUUUGAGGUGCCUCAAAAGUUUGCCUGGGGGUUCACAGAAGAAGAAGAAGCAGCAGCAGCAGCAGCAGCAGCAGCAGCAGCAGCUGCUGCUGGGGUUUGGGUGCGAGGGUACCACCGGGACUAAGGGGCUGCAGAUUCAGAGAGCAAUCCCGGUGCCACUCCCUUCAGAUGCCUUUGAUGAUAGUGAGAGUGACUAUGAGGACUGUGACAGUAACGGCGGCAACACUGCUCUUAACCACUGCCCUAACUUUCUUAUCCUAACACCUGCUCCUCCCUCUCCCUUCGUCUCCCCACCACAGGCCUGCAGAUUCAGAGAGCAAUCCCAGUGCCGCUCCCCUCAGACGCCUGCAGAUUCAGCGAGCAAGCUCGGUGCCGCUCCCCGCGUCUAUGGGGACUGUGACAGUAACGGCAACACUGCUCCUAACCACUGCCCUGACUUCCUUAUCCCAACCCCUGCUCCUCCCUCUCCCUUCUUUCUCCUCGCCACACAGGCCUGCAGAUUCAGCGAGCAAGCCUGGUGCUGCUCCCUUGAGACGCCUCUGACAGUGUCAGUGACUAUGAGGACUGUGGCAGUAACAGCAACAUCGCUCUCUCUUUUCCCAACCCCUGCUCCUCCCUCUCCCUUCUUUCUCCUCGCCACACAGGCCUGCAGAUUCAGCGAGCAAGCCUGGUGCUGCUCCCUUGAGACGCCUCUGACAGUGUCAGUGACUAUGAGGACUGUGGCAGUAACAGCAACAUCGCUCUCUCUUUUCCCAACCCCUGCUCCUCCCUCUCCCUUCUUUCUCCUCGCCACACAGGCCUGCAGAUUCAGCGAGCAAGCCUGGUGCUGCUCCCUUGAGACGCCUCUGACAGUGUCAGUGACUAUGAGGACUGUGGCAGUAACAGCAACAUCGCUCUCUCUUUUCCCAACCCCUGCUCCUCCCUCUCCCUUCUUUCUCCUCGCCACACAGGCCUGCAGAUUCAGCGAGCAAGCCUGGUGCUGCUCCCUUGAGACGCCUCUGACAGUGUCAGUGACUAUGAGGACUGUGGCAGUAACAGCAACAUCGCUCUCUCUUUUCCCAACCCCUGCUCCUCCCUCUCCCUUCUUUCUCCUCGCCACACAGGCCUGCAGAUUCAGCGAGCAAGCCCGGUGCCUCUCCCUUCAGACGCCUCUGAUGAGAGUGACUACGAGGACUGUGACAGUAGCGAAGGGGAAACCAGCAGCAGCAGCAGCAGCAGCAGCAGCAGCAGCAGCAGCAGCAGCAGCAGCAGCAGCAGCAGCAGCAGCAGCAGCAGCAGCAGCAGCAGCAGCAGCAGCAGCAGCAGCAGCAGCAGCGGCAGCAGCGGCAGUGGCGGUAGCAGCGGCCCUUCCAGCACCCCCUCAACUGAAUCCGUCCCAAGUGAGAGCUCCCUUCAGAUUGCACGCCUCUGAUGAUAGUGACUCGGUGGAGGGUUAUCUGGAGCAGGCUUUACUGGCGGCGGGCAUGAUACUUCCUAGCAACUUCGGGGAUCUGUUCAAGAUCGGGUGGAGCCGUAGCAGCAGGACGGACAAAGGGGUGCAUUCAGUGGCAACGGUGGUGUCGGUGAAGCUCGAGCUGCCAGAGGGUCUUUUCCACAAGGGGCAAGGCCAGCAGGAGGAGGAGUGGGCAGGCAGCAUUUCAUCUCCCUCUCCUCUCCCUCUCCCUUUCCCUCUCCUCUCCCCCCUCAGGCAAGGCCACCCGCAGGAGGAGGAGCAGGAGGAGUGGGUGCACUCAGUGGCAACUGUUGUGUCUGUGAAACUAGAAAUACCAGAGAGCCUCUUUCACAAGGGGCAAGACCGGCAGGAGGAGGAGCGGGAAGGGCAAGCGGUAGCUGACGCCAUCAAUGCGCAUCUGCCCCCCUCCAUCCGUGUGUUUGGCGCCGUGAGAGAAGCAGCAGCAGCAGCUCAUGCCAUCACGCCCAUCUGCCCCCCUCCAUCCAUCCGUGUGUUUGGCGCCGUACCCCCGUCACCAAAAGCAGCAGCAGCAGCUCAUGCCAUCACGCCCAUCUGCCCCCCUCCAUCCGUGUGUUUGGCGCCGUACCCGUCACCAAGUGAGUGCCGCUCAUUCAGGAGGGUGCAGGAGGAGCAGGAAGGCUUGGCAGUGACCAAGCAGGAGGGUGUGUGUGAGCCGCACCUACUACCACUGCCGUGCUCACCUGCUGUCAUGCUCACCUGCUGUCGUGCUCACCUGUGGCCAUCUCCCCCUCCAUGCAGGAGCUUCUUGGCCAGAAGGGCGUGUGUGAGCCGCACCUACCACUACUUGCAGGAGGAGUGGAGGACUGGAAAAGGGGGUGGGAGAAGAGGGGGGGAUGAGACUGAAGUUUCCCCUUUUUUUUCCGUUGUCAUGCAUCCGACUUCCCUCCCUACAGGAGCUUCUCGGCCAGAAGGGCGAGCAGCAGGAGAAGGGGGGGGACUGGGAGGGGUGGGGGGGAAGCAUGAGGAGGACGAGGAGGAGGAGUUGAGGAGGCGACUGAAGGAGUUUCAGCAGAUACUGAACACAUUCGAGCGGCUGUAUCAUGAGAAGAAGAAGAGGGAAGGGGAGGAAGGGGGGCAGGAAGGCGGGGAGGAAGGGGGGAGGAAGGGGGGGAGGAAAGGGGGGAGGACGGGGGGGAGGAAGCAGCAGGCUAUUCUUCUUACCGAGUAUCACUAUUGGGGCAAGCACGCCUUUCGCAACUACGUGGUGAGGUGGCUGUAUCGUGAGACUCAUAGGAGGAAUGAGGGGAGGAAGGGGAGGAGGAGUGAGAGGAGGCUGAUUUUACCCAGGAUCAAGAUAGUGUUUCCUUCCUUGAUCCAUUGCAUUUCCUCCCCUUGCCAUCCCCAGGGCAAGCACGCGUUUCACAACUACACGGGCAAGCACGCGUUCCACAACUACACUGUGCGGCGGCUGUAUCGCGAGAAGCAGAAGAGGGAAGGGGGAGAAGGGGAGGAGGAGGGAGACAGAGGGGAUGGUGGAGAGAGGGGGAAUGGUGGCGACAGGAGGUUGAGGAGCGGAGGGGCAUGGGGAAGAGGCAGGGAGAGUGAAAGGGGCGAAGGAAAGGAAGAAGCAAAGGUGAUAAGUGGUGGGGCAGAGAUGACAGGCGGAGAGUUAAGCGAGAGAGUGGGAGACGGAGCAGUGAUGACGUUUGAAAAAGAGGCUGAGAGAGGGGAUGAGAAAGAGGCUGAGAUGGUUGAGAGGGUUCAAAUCGAGGAGGUUGCAAGCGAGAUGCGCAGUAGCUCGGGAGACGAACGAGGGGGACGAGAGUGGGAGGGAGUAGAUAGGGUCGGAGGUGCAGGGGACCAAGAGGGGGAGGAGGAGGACAGGGCAGAGAGGGCGGAGAGGGCGGAGAGGGCGGGGAGGAAGGCGGUGUGGUUGCAUGAGACGGAUAAGAGUGACAAGAUCAAUACGGCACAUGCGGAUGGUGCAGGGUGUGUAGGGGAGCAGGAGAAGGAGGGGGCGGAUACAGCAGGGGGAUUGCAGAGGGCGGGAAGGAAGGCGGUGUGGCUUCAUGAGACAGAUAAGAGCGACAAGAUCAGUACGGCACAUUUCAGAACCAUCGAGACUUGCACGGUGCUGCCGUGGAUUGAAGGGGGCGUGUUUGAUGGGAGCAGCCUUGCUGGGGGCAGAUUAGAAGAGGGUGCGUUUGAUGGUAGCAGUGUGGAGGGGAGCAGCAGACUUGAGGAGGGGAGCAGAUUGGAGGGAGAAGAGGCGGAAGGAGGGAGGGGUAUCCGCAAAAUGGUGGGAACAGCCUUAGCAAUCCUCCAUGGAGCCAUCCCCUCGUCCAUGCUGCUGCCCUCCCUCGCCCGCCACUCCCGCAUCGUGCUGCCCCUCGCUCCACCCCAAGGCCUCCUAUUGGCCGACUGCUCCUUCAUGCCGUUCCGAGCACCAAAGCUGCCCGGAAACAAAUCCUCCUCCUCUGCUGCUGAACUUGAGGUUCCUCAGUCCAGCGCUCCUCUAGAAGCUGAAUCUACAGACCGUUUCAAGCAGCAGCAGCAGGAAGCACUAAGGCUAUACACGCAGUGGCACUCUGCCUUCUCGCCACUUGGCACAUCUCAACCAGCCCUCAGCGUGUCCCCUCUCUCCUCCCCACCUUCCUCCUCUCCCUCCCCGCAAUCCUCCUCCCCAUCCCCCCCCCCAUCGCUCCGCAUGUCACGAGCUGUGUGCGAGAGAGUAGAGGAAUUUUCCCAAGAGCACGUGUUGCCAGCCAUGCUGCAGUGGUUGUAUGCUGAGGGGGAACCGUGGAGCGGGUGGGAGGAGAAUCUGCUAGCCUAUGAGUGGGUAUCGGAGGAGGAGGAGAGGGAAGUUGUAGAGGGGUAUUCCCAGUGGAUGCAAGGCAGGGCAGAGAGGGGCUACUGA